AUGAGCGACGAAGAGGCGAGCGAGAUUACAAACGCAGGUGAGCAAAAACUCGAAGGAGAUAUUGAGAAAGAGAUUUCUAAGUUGAAGUAUUUCUUAGAAGAAACAAAUGAAAUUAUUCAAGCAAAAGAUUACGGUGAAAUGGAAGCUAUAAACAAUCGUGCUGGUAAAUAA